AUGCCGUUGGACGACUACGCCUCCGCCGUCGGCGGUGGCCUCAAGCUCAAGGGCGCCAAAGUCGGCAAGCCCAAGAAGAAGAAGAGGAGAGAGAAGAGCGACCUCGAGAAGAACCUCGAGACGGGCGACGAUGGCGAGGGCGGCAGCAGCACCGCAUUGGUAAAACACCGCGACGAAUCUGCCGGUGACGACGACGGGGAGAAGAGGAAAAAGAGUUCAAAGAAGAGAAGCGGGAGCGAGGACCCCGAGAGAGAGGCCCAAGAGGACCAGGACGACGCCGGCCGAGUUGUACUGAAGACGGAGGCGGAGCGGCGGUACGAGGAGAGGAAGCGCAAAAGGCUCCUCGAACUCGCCGAAUCCUCCAGCUCCCGACCCGAACUGCUCAAGACGCACAAGGAACGCGUCGAGGAGCUAAACACCUACCUGUCCAAGCUGAGCGAGCACCACGACAUGCCCAAGAUUGGACCCGGUUAA